UCCCCUCUCUUCUGUAUUCGGUCCAGCAGCAAAGCGAAAAGGAGGCUUCCCGCGCCCGACCUUCGCAGCUCCGGCGGCUUUGAAUGCGAUCGCUUUUGUUUCCCUCUAAUAGAUGCUUAUAGAACCGUUUAAGUAGAUCGUUCGUGCCCGGCAGCCCCAAAGGCAGAGAGAGCAGGAAAGCCGCCGGGCUACUGAGACCGGGUGUGCGUGUGAAAAGAACCGCAAUCAAAAUGUAAGAAACCAAAAUGGCACAGGGGAGAUCGGCGAGAAGAACGAUGCCGCAGCGCUGAAAAGAAAAGAAAAAAAAGGGAGCAAGGCCACUUUUCUUCAUCUUGGUUGCCUACCUGCCGGCCUGUCUUGCCCUUCCCUGUUCAUGUUUAUAUGCAACACACACAUGUACAUGGAUGCGUCCUGUCCAAAAGUCUGUGUGUGCACUGAUAGUGCUGACAGCAUCCCUGGCUUUCUUGUACCUUCACGUGUGGUCGCCAAAACCUGACACUACGGUGGAUCUGCGACAUCGACCUGAUCAGCUGCCCAAGUUCUUGUUGCCUGAUCACCUGCUGGUGCCUGACAAGAAAUAUGCACACAUUGCUUUCCGGAUCAAAGAGGAGAUUCUGGAGCUUCUUCCAAAAAAUUCCUGCAAAUGUGAGGUACAAGCAAGUUUGAAACUGCCCUUUCAGAAACAACUCUUUGGUCAGGAUUAUGCUGUGGAAUUCACCAAAGCCUUCAAGCCUUCUGACCUGGCGGACAUCAACAGCAAACGGGAACAGGAAUACCGUGGUUAUCAGCAGAGGUCUCAGACUCCCCUUGACCAGCUGAUCAUUGUCCAAGCCAACUCACCACUAGAAUUUCCAGUUCAAGGUGUAGAAGUUCGUCCUCUCCAGUCCAUUCUUAUUCCAGGCUUGGGCUUACAAACAGCUGAAAGAACAUUAUACCAGGUCAACUUGACAGCAACAAUGGGUACUUUUGAUGUGGCCGCAGAGGUAGAAGGCGUCAAAGUGGAAGGGGAAGGAUGCAUGCACCUCUCCUUGUCCGGAUCCCAGUUGGACAAUCUAAACCGGCAAUUGCAGUUUGUCACCUACACCAACACCCUCUACCAUCCUAAUACAGCAGAUAUAGUGCAGUUUUCUACUGAUGAGCAUCGUGCAUCUUUCAGCAUUCGCAUCCGACAUAGACCUACUCCCAAGCUCUACUAUCCAGGAUCAUCCAGGGGAGGAGCUAGUGAAGGAAUCUACAACAUCAGCACCCUGGUCACCAUAGCUACCAAAACCUUCUUACGCUAUGACAAACUGCGAAUAUUGAUUGACAGCAUCCGCAAGUUCUACCCCACUGUGACCAUCAUCAUUGCAGACGAUAGCCGGGAUAUCGAACACAUACAGGGACCCCACAUUGAGCAGUACUUCAUGCCCUUUGGCAAGGGCUGGUUUGCUGGUAGGAAUCUUGCCAUCUCCCAGGUGACCACCAAAUAUGUUCUUUGGGUGGAUGAUGACUUCAUUUUCACACCCCGCACCAAAGUGGAAAAGCUUGUAGAUGUCCUUGAGAAAACAUCCCUGGAUUUGGUGGGUGGAGCCGUACGGGAGAUUACAGGCUACACCACCACGUACCGCCAACAGAUCAGCGUGCAGUCUGGUACUGAGGGGGGAGAUUGCCUGCAUAUCCGCCAGGGCUAUCACCACACCAUUGAAGGUUUCCCUGAUUGUGUGGUCACUGAUGGAGUAAUCAAUUUCUUCUUGGCACGUACGGAGAAGGUGCUGCAAGUUGGCUUUGACCCACGCCUCAACCGCGUUGCCCACCUUGAGUUCUUCAUUGAUGGCCUGGGUAUUCUGCAUGUUGGUUCCUGCUCCAGUGUGGUGGUAGACCAUGCCUCUAAGAUCAAGCUACCGUGGCUAAAAUCGGUAAACGAGAAGCAAUAUGCCAAGUUCCGCUAUCCCAACUCGUCGGAUGACACAUUGAACACCAAACAAAGCCUUUUCUACUUCAAGAACUAUUUCAAAUGUAUGACGGGCAAUUAGUCUUCAGUCAGAGGGUGCUGAGCCCCAUCCUUGACAACUUGCUAAGUCCUCAGGUGACUGGAGUCUCGGACAGCCUGCUCUGGCAGCUAGCCACAGCUCUUGGGCAAACAAGCUCGCCCUGUCCACUAGCCAAACGCCCCGACCUCAGGGAGGUUUCUACGUUCUCAGGCCCGAAGAGCAACUUGACAAAUGAACUUCACACUGCUUAAAAGCGACAACAACUGUGUUGUAACAGAAUUAAUUAGACGAGCCAUCUUCCAGA